AUGGCCCAACAAGGAAUCAAGGUCGUCUGUGGCGGCGGCGGUAGGUGGUAUAGCACUUGCCGAACAAGUCAAUCGCUUACACGCCUCAGGUUCAUUGAUGAAAGCGCUAGGCAUCAAUCCCGAGUCGCCCUUCGGCGAUCCAGACUUUUUGAAACGAACAUUCGACAUCCUCGACAAGGGAGGCUGCCAUACUAUCGACACCGCCGCUCUCUACGGCGACAGCGAGGUCAUUCUGGGCAAGUGCGAAGCCGGAAAGCGAUUCACCAUCGAUACCAAGACCAAGGGCGGCUUCAAUCCUGCAGGAGGAGGCAAGAAGGACAUCAUCCUCGCCGAGGCCAAGGCGAGUAAAGAGAGGCUGGGCACGACGGUCGAUAUCUUCUACAUCCACUCGCCAGAUCACAACACGGAUCUCGACGAGACUCUGUCUGCCAUCAAUGACGUCUACAAGUCUGGUGGGUCAUCUGGGCCAUCACAGCCAUGCCACCUUUCCAGCAGCUACAAGGCUCUGGUGCUAACGGUGUGUGACAGGCUUCUUCAAGCGCUUCGGGCUCUCCAACUACCUAGCCGCCGACGUGCAAAAGGUCUACGACCACUGCAAGUCAAAGGGCUACGUCCUGCCAACCGUCUAUCAAGGCAACUACUCCGCAAUCGCGCGUUUGCAAGAGACCAUGCUCUUCCCAACUCUUCGAAAGCUCGGCAUCGCCUUUUAUGCCUACUCUCCGCUCGCAGGCGGCUUCCUCACCAAGAGCAAGGAACAAAUUGCCCAAGGCGCCGGCCGCUUCCAGCGAGGUACCUUCAUAGGAGACAUGUACACCGACAUGUACGCCAAGGACUCCUUCCUCGAGGCACUUUCCGAUUGGGCAGAUAUUGCCAAGGAGGAGAACGUCACCCGUGCUGAUCUGGCCUACCGCUGGAUGCGGUACAAUUCGCCCCUGAAGUACGAGCACGGCGAUGCGAUUAUCAUUGGAGCUUCUUCCAUCGACCAGCUGGAAGAGACGCUUGGCUCGAUCAACGGAGGUCCGUUGAGCGACAAGGCAGUCAAGCGCAUCGAUGAGGUGUGGGAGAAGAUUGCAAAGGAUGCUCCGCUAGAUAACUUCCACCAACACGACUUCACCACGACUUCGCGACUGCUGUCGAUAUAG